CGAGGUCAAGGAAUAGACGAUAGGGUUAGAACUUAGGAGCUGUUUUUUUGGAGUAUUCGAACGCAACCCUGGACUAGGACAGACAAUAUGGAACCACGGGCAUGCUGCUGCACAAGUGUCUCCAGGGAAGGGAUAGAGAGGAUGUGGGACUGAUGGAUACGUAUGAGGGGCCGUUAGGGACAUUAUUCACAAAUACCGUUCACACACACACAUUACUCGUUGGCUUACAUUUAAAUAAUGAGUAGGUUUUCUGUUGAUUGUGCAUUUUGGAAGUUAGUUUCCGCAAACAAAGUUACAGUUAUUUAGAAAACAUUCUGUUAUCAGUUCCUUUCACCUGGUAAGAGGGCUAUUAUUUUACUUUCUGCGCGUUUCUGUGUAGCUUUUGAUGCGAUGUGCAUACAUGGGGUGGGAUUCAUCUUGACACAUUGCAUAUCUUUGAUACUACCAACGCUUGUUGAGCUGUGUGUUGCUAAGGAACGUCACAAUGUCCUUUCUGGUCCAAUCAAUGUUGGAGAAAGAUGUCACCUGCUUUAAACUGACCAACCAGAGAGACUCUAACGCAUUGAAGACUUCACUACAACAGACUUUGUCAUGUUAUGUUUAUGUCAACUUGUUCAUUUUGCCUCCUAAACUAAAAACGGUGCUCUGCCUAUGACAUUUAUGUUCAAGUCCUGAAGAAUAUAAUUUGGUUUCUCAUAUGAGGAAAGCAAUGAGAACUCGGUCAAGUUCUCCUCCAAUCCAUCUUCACAUCAGCGACUCCACCCCGGUCCACGUGCACGUGAAGAGCCAGAGGAGUCCUGCCAGCCAGCCUCAGGAGAAGACCAACGUGGACAGGGGAAACCUCCGUCCUACAGCCAAGGUCAAAACUCGAGUUCCAUGGAUACCACCGGGAAAGGCUUCCAUACGGGACGCUUCAUACAAGUGGGAGGGUCCAACGCACCGCCUUGAGAUCACCCCCCCCACUCCUGAAGUGCCUGAACACUCCCAGUCUGCGCUGCGACUUGCUGACCUCACGUCAGAGGAAGAGGAGGGGCUGCACGGGCGGAUCAGCCAGUAUGAGAGGAAGAUCGAGAGCUUACUGACUGAGGUCAGCUCUCUGAAGAAUGAGGUGGAGCUGCGGAAGAAGGAGCAGCUGCUGGAGCGUCAGUCGGAGCAGCUGAGUGUCUCCCAGCGGGUGAUGGAGGAGCAGGAGGAGCAGCUGGAGGAGGUAAGCAAGGAGCUGCAGCACACUGAGAGAGAGAACUCACGACUGCGCCUGUCCAUGGAGAAGAUGCUGGAGGAGAGCGACUACAACAGAGGGGACGGGGGCAGUCUGCAACAAGACCGAGCAGCUCUGCACAGGACGCUGAUGGAGGCUGAGGGGGGGGGGGCAGCAGCGGCCCAGCAGCUCUCUGCCCUGAGAGACUCUGUUUCCAAACUGUGCUCUGCUGCUGGCACUAGGCUGUCCGGCUCAGAGUCUGCAGGCCUGGCCCAGCAGAAGGAGCUGCUGCUACAGAAGCUGGACACCUUUGAGUCCACAAACAGAACUCUGCGGCUCCUCCUCAGAGAGCAGCACAGGGCCCAGAUGGAGUCAGAGCGAGUGUCCGAGCAGAAAGACGCAUUUCUGAAGAGACUGGCCGACACAGAGGCACACAACGCUCAGCUUGUGGUACAACUUCAAGAGAAGGACAGAGAAGCGAAUCAACUCUGCAGACUUCUGGACAGUGAGAAGGACAAUGCCAAGAGCUCAUCUGAUUUGUCCAAGAGUCUGGAGUCAACCAGAGCUCAUUUACAAGGACAGCUGCGGAGCAAAGAGGCUGAGAACAACAGGCUGACUGUGCAGAUAAAGAACCUGGAGCGAGCAGCCAGCCAGCAGAAGGUGGAGAUGGAGCGUCUGACGGAGCAGCUGGGGGGGCUGAGGCGGCAGGCCGGUGCAGAUCGAGAGGCUCUGAAACGCGCCACGCGAGCUCAGAAACAGCGGGCAGAGCGCAGCGAGGACACGGCGGGCCAGCUGAGUGUCCAGCUGCUGGACAUGGAGAAGCAGCUGCUGGAGGCACUGUCUGCAGCUGAGGCCUGGCAGAGUCGCCAUGCCCAGGAAGAGAAGGACAGGAGUAAACUGGAGGGAGAGCUGUCUCUGUUGAACAGCCGUGCAGCAGAGCUGACGGAGGAGCUGCAGAGUGCGGGGGAUAAAGGCCGAGCAGAGAGAGAGGCCCUGCUGGAGAGGCUGCAUGCACUGACCUCACAGAGCACCGGGGCCAAACUGGAGACCCAGGCCCUUAAGGCUACAGCCUCUGCAGUGGAGGAGAAGCUGGCCUUGUCUCAGUCAGAGCUCCAGCAGGUCAAAGCAUCCAUCCUGCAGUAUGAGAGCCUGCUGGACAGCUACAAGAUCCAGGUUGGGAAAACCCGUGGCGAAGCCGAUGAGUACCGUGCUCGGCUGGCUCAGGCGGAGCGGCAGGCCCAGGCGGUGCGAGGGGGGCUGGAGCAGGAGCUGGAGGAGGUGCGCAGGGAGCUGCUGGAGCGCCUGGCGGAGCUGGAGCCUCUUCCUGAAGCCGUACGACGCUCCGAACUCCAGCUGCAGGAGACCCAGGACAGGGAGCGCAGCCAGGAGAGACGCAGCAUGGAGCUCAGCACCACCCUGACCGACCUCCGCAUGAAGGUGGAGACGCAGGGCAGCCAGGUGGAGCUCCUGAGACAGAAGAACAAGCUGCUGCUGGGCGAGAACAGACAGCUGCAGCACAAACUGGAGACAGGGGAGAGAAACCUGGAGGAGGCUGCCAGUCAGAACUGUGAGCUGCUGGCGGUCAUUUCCAAACGGGAAGACUCCAUCCACAGCAAUCAGCUCCGCCUGGAAGAGAAGAGCCGGGAAUGUUCCAUGCUGAGCCGGAAGCUGGAGGAGGCUCUGGGUGACGCUCGCCAACAGAUUUCAGAAACUAGAGGACUUGCUGCCACUAAAGAACGCUCCACCCAGUCCAAAAUCAUCGACCUAGAGACUCACCUUAGCAGGACUACCUCCGAAAUCAACCAACUGCGGCGCAGCAAAGAGGAGGUGGAGCGGCGGUACCAGAGCCGACUGCAGGAUGUGAAAGAUCGCCUGGAGCAGUCAGAUACCACAAACCGCAGCCUGCAGAACUACGUCCAGUUCCUCAAAGCCUCCUACACCAACGUGUUUGGAGACCUGGCCCUGGGCGGCUCUCUGCGGUCCCCCUCACCCAUCUGACAGCCCCUCUUAGUCUGGCUGCCAGCAUUGUGAAACCGGACAUGUUGAGUACCCCAAAGUUUUAUGUUGGAAAUGUAUAGUAGGGUCCCCAGCACAUAUAAACUGCUGGAUGCUAACCUGCAUAUGUUGGGCAAUUUGCAUAAUUAGUAUUUGCAUUAAUUAGCAUUAAACCCAUGCAGUCAAUAGUUAAAAAAAUGGCUGACAUAUUUUCUAUUUUCAAAUAAAUAGGCAAUUUGUCCAAUCCAAAUGAUCCAGAGUCCCCUAAAUCUUCAAAAUCAACCCAAAAUGCAUCAAAAUCAGCCCACAGAGAGUACAACUAUUGGCUUUUCCUGGUUAAAACUGCCAUUUUUUAUCCUGUAAAAAUGUCAGAAAUGGACUCCUCAAUAACGCCCAAAACCCCUCCAAAAGUACCCAACAUAUGCAGGUUAGCAUCUGGCAGUUUCUAUGUGCUGGGGACCUGUACUAUACAUUUCUAACAUAACACUUUGGGGUACUCAACAUGUCUGGGUUCACAAUAGGACUCUGAGCUGGCAGCUAGACUAUCUGUCAGAGUAUUGUGCACACAGUCCAAAACCGUACGGGGGUUUGAACCUCAUACAUUUAGAUUUCAUCACAAGAGCUGGAGGCCAUUAAGAUGCUCGGUCUGUUGCCUGGUUACUUGGUUCAAACCAGGGAGGAGCAAGAGUAUAUAUUGGCUGUUAUCUAGUAGGGCUCUUAGAAUGUAAGACUUACCUAUGUUAAAAUGUCUUUAGAAAUGAAUUUGUAGACAAUACAAUUUUAUUAAAGAAAUUAGAAAAAUCUGAAAAAUAGAUAUUUUGUAAUAUCAAAGCCCUUAGAUAUAUGAUUUGAAAAUGUGACUUCUAGUUGUACCCAAAAAUACACAGAGAUAGGGCAACUGUUGAAGAAUAGAUUUAUACUCACCUCUAACAACUUAAACUCUACUCAUGCUUAUUUUACCAGAAGCUUAAAUCCACUAAAUUCAUUUCCAACACCUUUGACUAAUUAAAAAAAAUGAUUGUGAAAACUACAGAAAGGAGACAAGGGCUUCUCGAUGUAUCAGGUACAAUGCAAAACACGGCAGCAGAGGGAACUGUGUGCAGCUAUCAUCUCCCCUCCAAUUUUCACACUGAAAUACUGCGGCCACAAGGCCCGUCUGUGGUGUAUAAAGUCAUUUGGCUACAGUCUGACUGGAUACCUGUUGGCAUCACUAAAACUAAAAAAUAUGUUUAGCUUUUUAAAGGGAGAAAUAAAGUAAAACUUGUGUCACUGUAUUCAAAUGUUUCGAUACCAGGACAUGCUGUGAACAACUGUGAUCAGAGAGAAUAAUAAUGCAGGUUAAUGUGGGUUUACAAAAGCACAGCGUGGUAAGAAAAUGUUAAACUUUGACAUGCUCUGGGUUUGAAGGUUCACACAAACUGCAGCUGUGGUGCUGGGCACUUCAUCUACCCAGCUCUGCUGCUGAACAUCUGAUCCACCAGCACUCAGGUUCUGAUCUCACUGAGGAACUAAUGGAGCCUUACAGUGUGUACUCCACUGCUCUGCAAAAUGAGUAGUGACAUACUGAAUAGAAGCUGUAGAAGUUCAGAGAGAGAGCUUAUCUGAUGUCAUUUUGAAGACAUUGUUUUGGCGGUUUUUUCAACCUAUAUUUCCAACAUUUUUUCACCUAUUUGACGCUGCCUUGAAGCUUUCAGAUUGAAUGUUUGGAUUGGAUAGUAUUUGAAAUGCCAAAAACAAUUGGAAACGGUCAUUUCUUUAUCAAGCCUUCACAGCAUCUUUUUAUUUUCAACCUCAGCUAGAAAUGUUAUCUGUAAUAUGUCUAUUACUAGAAUUACCAGACUACAUACUGUAUUUGGACUGCUUUAUACUAAAACUAUGAUCCGUUUACAUUUAUACAACUCAGUAGCCAAGCCACCCAUAACAUUAUCUGCUUAUAUUAAGUGUAUCUAUGCUCUGUGAUCAAAUGGAGCUGAAAACAUUGGUGCUACUGCUGUCCUUUGGCACAAGACAAGACCGUGUUUGAAAACAAUAUUAUAGUGAACUCAAUAGUUGUUGUCUGGUCUUAGAGUGUAUUUAUUAACUGAAAAAUGUACAGUAUUUUCACUGGUAACUUCAAUAAAACAUGUUUUUAUACCCGA